AUGAAGGCGUACUUACCGCGCACGGCGGCAUUUGCAUGGGCGCCGUCAAAUGCGGAGGUGAGUGGCCCAGUGAUGGCUACUGGCACCGUAGCGGGCGCGCUGGACGAAAGCUUCAACAAUGAUAGUGUGUUGGAGCUGUGGCAUCUGAAUGCGUCAGCAGACGAUACCAUGAACUUGUCUCCCACUAUGGCCUCUUCAGUAAAUGCCAAUGGUCGAUUUAAUCGUCUAGGAUGGGGCUUUGCCCACAAGGACAAGCCGUAUGGUUUGCUUGCUGCUGGAUUGGAAAAUGGCGAGGUCGGCGUGUGGGAUGUGGGUCUCAUGCUUGACCCUCACACAACAGCACAGUCGCAAGUGCUGCGCAACUCUAUGCACAAGGGUUCCGUGCGUGGCUUGUCAUUCAACCAGCCGCAGCCAAACCUGAUUGCCACAGGCUCUGUGAAUGCCGAGAUUUAUGUGUGGGAUCUCAAGGCUCCCAACAAGCCAUACACUCCAGGGUCGCGCUCACAACAUCUGGAUGAAAUUUCGAGUCUUGCCUGGAAUGGACAAGUCCCAUAUGUUCUAGCCACUGCCUCAACGAAUGGAUGUACGACUGUGUGGGAUUUGCGUCACAAGCGAGAAAUUGCUGUAUUGCGAAACAACAGUGCCCCAGCCGCUGCCGCGAUGAGUUCCGCACGCAGUAUCAGUGCACUCGCUUGGCAUCCGCUGAGUCCCACACGUAUCGCCACAGCGACGGAGGAUGACAUGAACCCAGGCAUCGUGCUGUGGGAUUUGCGGAAUUCGCGUGCGCCAGAAGCAGUGCUCAGUGGGCAUGAGCAGGGUGUGCUGGGUCUUUCAUGGUGCCGACAGGACGAGAACCUCAUGCUGUCAUGUGGCAAGGACAGCCGAACGCUAUGCUGGAAUCCGCAGAGUCAUGAAAUUGUGGCAGAAAUGCCACCACGCUCCAACUGGGCAUUUGAUGUGCAGUGGAAUCCACGCAAUCCUAACAUGCUGGCCAGUGCAAGCUUUGACGGUCACAUCAUCGUGCAGUCAUUGCAAAAUAUCCCCACCGAGGGAGAACAAGAUGCUGGAGCCGUGUCGACGGCCAACAUGAACCCGGACGACCUUUUCACAGCGUUGGGCAAUGCACCGCCUCCCACGACUGGUGGUGUGCCGCUCAAGACGGCGCCCAAGUGGCUAAGUCGCCCCACAUCGGUGGCAUUUGGCUUUGGCGGUCAGCUUGUGACGAUUCCUAAAACGGCACCGCAUGGUGCUCAGAGUUUCCCCAUUACCAUCCAUGCUGUUCACACCGAGCCGCAUAUUGCCGAGCGUGCGCGCGAUCUAAGCGAGGCUCUCGACGCUAAUACGCUUGUGGACUUUUGUGUCGCGCAAUGUCAGAACCCCAAUACGCGCCCGUCGGACAUGGCGAGUUGGAAAACACUCCAGACGCUCUUCCAUGUCGACUCUCGCGAUGAGCUUGUAGAACUCCUCGGCUUUUCGAGAGACAGCGUCUCUGCGCAGGUCCAACAGGCCGUUGGCGCAUUGGGCUUGCCAGUUCUGGAGGAUGAGGCUCCGACCGACCAGGUAAACGCACCGCUGACGGAUGACACAGUGCCUGCGCAGGACGAGGACCCGGCUGCUUUCUUUGACCAAGUGCCUGCCAAGCCCUUGACACCGCCACCGCCACCAGCGGAGCCUUUCCGUCUUCACCCGGGAGGCGAGCAUGACCCUGACCGGCUGAUCACCAAGUCGCUCAUUCUGGGCGACUUUGAGAAUGCUGUCUCGCUGCUGGUAUCGCAGGAUCGGUUCGCUGACGCUCUGGUGCUAGCGACGCGUGCGGGAGACGAGCUGCUCGUGAAGACACAGCGAGCGUACUUCAAACGCCACGCAUCGCGGCUUCCGUACCUGCGACUGCUUCAAAGCAUCGUAACGGAAGACCUGACGGACGUGGUGCAGAAUGCCGAUCUGGCCGAGUGGCAGGAGAUCUUCGUGGUGCUAUGCACAUUCGCGCGACAGGAAGACUUCUCGAGCCUGGCUGAGCGACUCGGUCAGCGCCUGGAAGACAGGUACUUGCAUUCUGUUCAAAAUGGACAACGCACAACAGAGGCGAUGGACGAUCGGAAGAAUGCCGUGUUAUGCUAUCUCGCUGCGGGCUGUCUUGAAAAAGUCAUGUCGAUGUGGAUUGAAGAGAUGCGUGAGGAAGAGCACGCGAUCAAGGCCGGUAGCAUUCAGAGUGACAGUUCGCCAUACUCUGCCCAUGCGGAAGCUCUCCAGACGCUGAUGGAGAAGGUCGUCGUGUUUGAACAUGCUGUCCAGUACACGGACGAGGACUUGCAGCUACCACCCGCCAACCCAGAUGGCACUAUGCCUGUGCGCGAGUUUAAGCUGGCGCCACUCUACAAUUAUAUCCUCGAGUACGUGAAUGUGCUGGCGGAGCAAGGGCUUGUUGAUAUAGCUCUCAAGUUCGUCGCUCUGACGCCGCCCGACUUUACGCCUCAUGCUCUUUCAGCUCUCGCUGAUGCCGAGUGGACACAUGACCGCUUGCUGCGCGCGAGUCAGGCGUCUUCCUACGGGCAGCCAUCGACAAAUCCAUACGUGCAGGGUGCCUAUGGGCAGAGUGCCUAUGGCGCGUAUAGUGCACCAAGCGCGCCGAGCAUGGCGACCGCAGCCAGCAUGCCCAGCAUUCCAACAGUCCCUACUGUCCCUACCGUGCCUACGGUGCCGACUGUGCCGACUGUGCCAACUGUGCCAACUGCGGCGCAAACGCUUGCACCACCACCUACAGUGCAGCAGCAGCGUUCGCGGCAGACUCCACCCGUGGCACAAAUUCCACCACCCCCACCACACGUUGGUAUGGGCACCACCACAUCAACGAUGCCAAUGGCGCAGGCGGAUUCUUCCUCGUCGCCAUACGUACCAGCUUACAACACAGCGGCAGUGACGCCUGCGCAGCCGCCGCAAGCUUCCGCCUAUACGAACACGGCUCCUCCCGUGAUGCAGGCGCCCCCGCCACCCCCAAUUAUUGGUGCUCCCACUGCAGGAAUGCCGAAUUUGAUGCCCGAGACCCAGGCGCCAUCGAUGGUGCCACCGCCGCCGCUGCAACGUGAAAAGGGUGGUUGGAACGACGUGCCUGCGGCGACGUUGCCACCACCACCCAAGCGUGUGCCGUCGGCCGCAUCGUCUACGUCAGCGAUCACGUCGCCCUUCCCGAAUCAAGCGCCGGCCGGUAGCACGCCGAUGUCAACAGCGCAGGGUGGGCCCGGUGCAGGACCUAUGCCGCCGCCGCCACCGCCGCCUCGUGGACCACCUAUGGGUGGACCCCCGCGCCCAUCUAGUGCAGCGUCGUCUCAUGUGCCGCCAUCGCCACGCUCAGGCCUAGGCCUCGGACAGCCGCCUCGGGCUGCUGAUUAUGGUCGCCGCAUGCAAGAUGGAAUGCAAAAUGCUCCUGGCGGCGUGAUGCGUCCACAGACGCCCACAGUGCCCGGUCGUCCGCCCAUGGCCCGUACACCCAAUACGCUUCGGCCGCAAAUGACCGGCCCACCGAGUCAGUUUGCUGGACAACAAGCAGCAGCAGGUGCGACGCCGCGUGGCUUCUCACAUGGCUCAGGUAUGCCCAUGACACCACGAGCAAUGGGUAAUGGUGGUCCCCCACAAGCACGUGGUGGGCGUCCCGGACCCCCGCCACGUUCAAUGACACCGGCUGGCGGUGGCUACGGCGCGCCUCCGUCGACAUCGACGCCUGGAACGAAGCCCGGAUUCCAAUACCCUCGAGGUGAUCGUUCGCAUAUCCCUCCGCAUCUAAAGGCUGUUUCGGACUCAUUGAUUCGCGAAGUCGCGAGAUUGCGUAGCAUUGAUGCACAACCACGACGCAUCCUUGACGAUGCCGAUAAGCGCGUUCAGCUGUUAUUGGAUCUGAUGAACAAUGGCCUGGUCGAUGCGAAGCUGGUUCCUGUUCUCCAGCAAUUGGGUAAGGCAAUCGAUGCGCGCCACCAGCAAGGCGCUCUAUCGCUGCAUGUCCAACUAGUCACUAUGGCGACGGGCGAUGUGGCAACGGCCCUUGUUGGAGUGAAGUUUUUGAUUGCCAAGCUUACUUCAUAA